AUGACGACAAACACCACCAGCACGUUGAUCCGAGGACAGUACACCGUUCAAGUGACGAUCGAGCCGCAUGACGAGCAACCCCGUUUCCUCAAGAACAUCUAUAUAAACGCCCAACAUCCGACUGAUGGGCGCGUCGGAUCGCUCGUAGCACUCGAAAUCGACCGCGACAAGUGCAGGGGAGACCUCAUUUGGAUCUUGGACGAAGAGUCGCAAGAGCUGUCUGAGUUCGCCACGACUCUUUUCGACAAAUUUGGUAGGCUGAAGCCGGAACUCGUCGAGCACGAGCACCUGAAAGGGACCGGCGUAUGGGGCCGCGAACUCGAUAGCGGAAAGAUCAUCUACGUUGUGUCGGUGGACGUAGAGGAAAAGUUCAGAAGGAACGGUAUAGCAUCUCUCUUGCUACGCGAGGUCGCCCAGCCCCCGCUAGCCUCGAAGGGUACAUUCUUGUUUGCAUGGCCAUCACCCAUCGGCAGUGCCAACAAAGACGAGUGGAAGCGGGAACGCGACGCUGCUGUCAACUUGUUCCACAAGAAUGAGUACCGUCGCAUCGGCAGGACUAGUUUCCUAGCGUAUGCGCCAGACACGUCUCAUCCCUCCCGCUCCCUCCCUGCUGGGGACGAUGUUGAAAGCCACGCCGCUACCUUCCAGCCGGCCGCUCAGCCCGCCCCUCCUCAAGGCGCGGGACUCAGGAAUGACGCUGCCUAUCCAUUGCACUUCAUGAUCGAGUCCGCCGCCCUCGGUAUCCCCGUCCGCGAUAUAGAAGGCGCCAUUCGCGACGCAUACAGCCGAAACCCCACUCUUAUACACCAGAAGGACGAUCGCGGGUUCACUCCCCUCCACGCCGGCGCGUACGCCGCCAACCUCUCCGCCGUCAAAGCCUUGCUCGCAUUGCCGGCGGAAGCCAACAUUGCGGACGAUCUCUGUGAGCGGGACAACGUCGCGGCACGCACGCCGGUGGAGCUCUGCGAGCAGAAGAUGCGCGACCUGAAGGAAAUGAUGCAGAGCCUUGUCGGGAAGUGGCCGGGACACAGCGAAGAUGCUCUCCGCGUCGUCUUCUUGCUCAAGCGCGCUGCAGGAGAAAACAUUGUGGUCAGCGAGGACGCCUUCGUAGCUACGCGCAAGUGGGGCUGCACAUGCGGCCAGUGCACUGACGGCUGGCUCUCUCCGCGUAUGCGUUACCGCCUGCUAAACGAGGCUGCAAUCGCAGCGGAUAUGAUGGAUUUAAACACUUGGGGCGCCACCUCGACCGAAGUGUGCGAGUCCGAGCAAUCCGUCCUCCAUCUCCCCCGCGAGGUUCGAGGGAGCCGGAUCACCAAGGUGUUCUACAAUGACUACAUAACCGUCGUUCGCGCCAUCGCCGACGUUCUCGGCCAACACGGCCUCGCAGGAGUGCCCUCCGCUGCCAACGUCGAGGGAGAGCUGCGUGGGCAGGCGCGCCGCUUCUUCGGGAAAGGCGGAAAGGUCGAGCACGCGAUGGACUACGUCUUCCAUUCUGCCAAGGAACAAUCCCCGCUCGGAGACGGGACGUGGGACGAAAUGCAGACAGAGGCGGCGGCGGAGAACGAGCCCAGCGCCGUGGCGUACGCUGCGCUGCCGACCUGCGACAAUGACCUGGCGUUCGCCGACGUAGCAGAGAGGUUGGGCCUCAGCAACGCGGACGGUUUUGGAGCUUCGGCGCAACUAUCCCGCGACUUCAGCGACUUCGUCGAUCCCGACGAUGACGUGAUGGAGGGGAUCGAGGACGAUGAUGGUGCUAUGGCCCUCGAGGACAGGAGGAUUGUCGACUACAUUGUACAGGCUUUCAGAGAGGCGAGGGGAGGGCGUGUCUAACGCGAAUGGCCGCAGUGCAGAUCAAACUGGGAAGUACGGAUUCUCAUACUGUUGUUUUGUGGUAGUAUCAAGUUGCUUGCGCCCAGACCCUUGGAAUU